UUCAGUUACGUUUCGACGGCCAACGCGUCGAGUGCUCUGCUUGCUGAGAGAAAGAAAAACACAAAUAGAGACAACAGAAGUGGUUCUUCUUCUUCAUACUCGCAUUCUCUCGCGCUCUCUUCACCGUAUGUGUUAACGGUCGUGGCGCGUCGUGUGCGUGUGUGUUAGUGUGCCAGUUAAACAAUGAGAAAUUGAUUCACACACCGAAACAGACAAAAGAAAAAAAAACAAAAGACACCGAACGCAAAGUGUUAAUCAGAAUAGAAUAAUUUGUGCAAUCACGAGCAGCGAAAACAAACUGAAAUUUUUUAAACAUUUUUUUCGUGUGCAACCGUAAACAAACCAAAGAAGUUAAAACGAGAGCUAUUUGCGAGCGGGGAAAACUAGAAAACUACUACAACUGCAAAAACAGCGAUAAAAAUGGGUGAAUUGCCGCCAAAUUCAGUCGGCGUCUUUUUGGCGCUGCUCCUCUGCAGCUGCUCUUUAAUAGAACUGACCCGUGCGCAGUCCCCCAUCCUGGAGAUUUAUCCCAAACAAGAAGUCCAGCGCAAGCCAGUGGGCAAGCCCCUGAUCCUCACCUGCCGGCCCACAGUUCCCGAGCCGUCCCUGGUCGCCGAUCUGCAAUGGAAGGACAAUCGGAACAACACCAUUCUGCCCAAGCCGAAUUACGAUCCACUGUAUGAUUCCAAGGGCAAUAGAAAGAAAGAGAAUGGACGCAACCAGCCGCCGAUGUACACGGAAACGCUGCCCGGCGAAAGUUUGGCCCUGAUGAUUACCUCGCUGUCGGUGGAAAUGGGCGGCAAGUACUACUGCACCGCCUCCUAUGCAAAUACGGAGAUCCUCGAGAAGGGCGUCACAAUUAAAACUUACGUGGCCAUCACCUGGACAAAUGCCCCUGAGAAUCAGUACCCCACUCUUGGCCAAGACUAUGUGGUAAUGUGCGAGGUAAAGGCCGAUCCCAAUCCAACAAUCGACUGGCUGCGCAACGGAGAUCCGAUCCGCACGACCAACGACAAGUAUGUGGUGCAAACCAAUGGCCUGCUAAUCCGAAAUGUCCAGGAGAGCGAUGAAGGCAUCUACACUUGCCGUGCAGCCGUUAUCGAAACUGGUGAGCUAUUGGAACGCACCAUUCGCGUGGAGGUCUUCAUUCAGCCGGAGAUCAUAUCGCUACCCACCAAUCUGGAGGCCGUCGAGGGCAAGCCGUUUGCAGCCAACUGCACAGCAAGAGGCAAACCAGUACCGGAGAUUAGUUGGAUUCGAGAUGCCACACAACUGAACGUGGCGACCGCCGAUCGCUUCCAAGUGAAUCCCCAAACUGGCCUGGUUACCAUCAGCUCCGUUAGCCAGGAUGAUUAUGGCACAUACACAUGCUUGGCCAAGAAUAGGGCCGGUGUAGUGGAUCAGAAGACCAAGCUGAAUGUUUUGGUGCGUCCGCAGAUCUAUGAGUUGUACAAUGUGACCGGGGCCAGGACCAAGGAGAUUGCCAUAACCUGCCGUGCCAAAGGACGUCCGGCACCAGCGAUUACCUUCCGUCGUUGGGGAACACAGGAGGAGUACACGAACGGGCAGCAGGAUGACGAUCCCCGCAUCAUUUUGGAGCCGAAUUUCGAUGAGGAGCGCGGCGAGAGCACCGGCACCCUUCGCAUCUCCAAUGCCGAGCGUUCCGACGAUGGACUUUACCAGUGUAUUGCCCGGAACAAGGGAGCCGAUGCCUACAAGACUGGACACAUUACCGUUGAAUUUGCUCCGGACUUUAGCCACAUGAAGGAGCUGCCUCCGGUUUUCUCAUGGGAGCAGCGCAAGGCGAAUCUCAGCUGCCUGGCCAUGGGUAUUCCGAAUGCCACAAUCGAAUGGCACUGGAAUGGUCGUAAGAUCAAGGAUCUGUACGAUACCAAUCUAAAGAUUGUCGGCACUGGACCCCGCAGCGAUUUGAUUGUGCAUCCCGUAACGAGGCAGUAUUACUCUGGAUACAAGUGCAUUGCGACCAACAUCCAUGGAACCGCUGAACAUGAUAUGCAACUGAAGGAGGCACGUGUCCCUGAUUUUGUGUCCGAAGCCAAACCCAGUCAACUGACCGCCACCACGAUGACCUUCGACAUUCGCGGCCCAUCAACCGAACUAGGCCUGCCCAUUCUGGCGUACAGUGUGCAGUAUAAGGAGGCCCUAAAUCCGGACUGGUCGACGGCCUAUAACCGCAGUUGGUCACCAGAUUCGCCGUACAUUGUGGAGGGACUGCGACCACAGACGGAGUACAGCUUCCGAUUUGCCGCCCGCAACCAGGUGGGAUUAGGAAAUUGGGGCGUCAAUCAGCAACAGUCGACACCACGACGAUCGGCUCCCGAGGAGCCCAAGCCAUUGCAUAAUCCCGUCCAGCACGACAAAGAGGAACCGGUGGUCGUGUCGCCCUAUUCCGAUCAUUUCGAGCUGCGCUGGGGCGUGCCCGCCGACAACGGAGAGCCUAUUGAUAGGUACCAGAUCAAAUACUGUCCGGGCGUUAAGAUCAGCGGCACCUGGACGGAACUGGAGAACUCCUGCAACACCGUUGAGGUGAUGGAGACCACAUCCUUCGAGAUGACCCAGCUGGUGGGCAACACAUACUAUCGCAUUGAACUGAAGGCGCACAACGCCAUCGGCUAUUCAUCGCCUGCUUCCAUUAUCAUGAAGACGACACGAGGAAUUGACGUCAUCCAAGUGGCUGAGCGACAGGUCUUCUCCUCGGCGGCCAUCGUGGGCAUCGCAAUCGGCGGUGUCCUCCUGCUUCUGUUCGUGGUCGACCUACUCUGCUGCAUCACCGUCCACAUGGGCGUCAUGGCCACGAUGUGCCGCAAGGCCAAGCGAUCGCCUUCCGAAAUCGACGACGAGGCCAAGCUGGGCAGGGACGAAAAGGAGCCGCUCCGCACGCCAACAGGCAGCAUCAAACAGAACUCGACCAUCGAAUUCGACGGGCGAUUCGUGCACUCGCGCAGUGGCGAGAUAAUCGGGAAGAAUUCGGCGGUGUAAGGAGGUUAUCCUCCGUGUCCUGGAACUCCAGAGUCCAACCGCAAUGUGCACAAAACGAUGAGGAGGGAAACAUAUAUGGAAAUACACAUAUAUGUAUGAUGAUCUAGCGAGAACAAGCCAAAGCCAAAGCUGGGGGAAGAGCACUUGAAUAUCGAUCGAUUGGCACACUAAGUUGGUUUUAAUUUACUUUCGUACACAGCGUAAAUCUUACUAAAUGUCUUACUAUAACGCAUACGAUAUCUUAACAACAUCUAACUUCUAAAACAUAGCACAUUAAGCUCGAAAAACCAGCAAGCAAGCAUACGAAGAAGUAAGAAAUAAUAACUCAAUGUCGCUUCAUUUUCUAGUUUAAACAAGUAUUUUAUAUCGCUGCAUUUGCUUUGUUUUUCCUUAGUCCAAAAAAAAAAAUCACAAAUGAACACAAGAAAUUACAAAUAACGAUAUGAACCAAGCAGGAGAAGUAAAUGAAUAUGCAAGAGAUGAUAUGGAAAGGACCUAGCCUAAGUUAUAUAUAUGAAUGUAUGCAAGAAAGAAAUCUUAAAUUAAUGCCUUACAAACAAAAAAUUACAAUUAUUUAGCAGCUAAAGCGCAGAGGAGGGAUUUAUGCAUGUAAGCCGCAAGGAAUGAGAUCGAUUUCUUUAGUAUAACUAACUUAAACAUGCCAUAAAUAAGUUUUAACAUUAAGUUUGACCCUGAUCCCGAUCAUCAUCCCCCACCAAUUCGUAGUACUUAAAACGCUAAACAAAAGACUUGCGAGCAUUUCUUUCCACAACACCAUGACAUUGGAUAGAUUAAAGGAAGAACAGCAAAAGAAUGGACUUGAAUAACAUACUUAGUUGAUAUCGAAAUCCUUGGUUUCCUACUGCUAAUUCGUAUACUUAACCACCAGAAAGUGUAACCCACAGACGGCACUUAAUGAAUAAUGCUCAAUGUACAUUAAUGUUGAAGAAAUUGAAUAUUUGAAAAUGUUUACAAACUGCUUAGCUGCUUGAACAACGGAAAUAAGCAUACCGAACCACCUCCGCAUCCGGUUCAUAGCACACAAGAUCAAUCUUGAUGAGAGAAUCUAUAACUUAGCAUAGAAUUAUCCGAGAACUACGAGAUUGCCAAACAUUAACAACCUAUCAUAACCCUUCAACCCACUUCCAUCGAACAACUGCAAAUCGCUCAGUUUUGUGUUAAAAGUAUUUUCUUAUGUAUGUAAAAAUUAAACAAAAUUGUAGUUAAGAGAUCUAAAACGCAUUAAUCUAAUGGAUAUAUAAAUCUAAAAAAAAUAUAUAUAUGUAUGUACAUGUAUUUAAAGUUACUCGUAAGUUUUUUUUUCUACACGAAACAGAUAAUACAAAAUAAAAAAAAAAAAAAAACAAAACGAAAAGCAAAAGCGAACUACGUAUAUGUUAUCACGCCGAUCUGAAUGUAUGUAUGUACGUUAACGCCCCAUGAGAGACGCAUUUUUUAUUUGAUAGCCGUAAAAAUCCUUAAAAACGCUGAGAUCCCCCACUUUUCAGUUCGUUGCCUAUGAGCUUUGUACCUUCUGUUGCCAAUUAAGUCAAGCGCCUUGCCAGAGCUUUUUACCUAUAAAUAUACACGAUACUCUAUGAAAGACCUAUUGAAUAACCCACGAAGCGAACCCAAGUCGAGAUUACAGGAGGCUAUAUACACAUUUGAAUUUGGAUGCGAUUGUUUGAAAAACUGCUGGUCAUUCGAGCAUAUGAAAUAUGUUUGCAAGAAACCGAACGCAGCUUUGUUCGGCGGCAGAGUGUAGCUUUUUAUAUGAACUAAACAAAAUUGAUGAAAAAUUAUACACUGAAACUGAAACGGGGGAAAUAAAUCUUAUUUACUGUACUAUAAUUCCAAUCGAUGUAGUUUUAAUUCCCAUUUGGCGGUAAUAAU